GAAUGUUCUGGAUGGUUCUGAAGGUGUUCUGGGGUGUCCUGGGAGGCCCCUGGGAGGGUCCUGGAAGGGUUUCCAGAAUGUUCUGGGUCCUGGGUGGGUCCAGGAAGGGUCCUGGGAGCAUUCUGGAAUGUUCUGGGGGAUCCUGGGACAGGGUUCCAGAAUGUUCUGGGUCCUGGAAGAGCCCCAGAAGAGUCCUGGGAGAGUCCUGGAAGGGUUCUGGGGGUCCUGGGAGGGUCCUGAAAGGGUUCUGGGGUGUUCUGGGAGGGUCCUGGAAGGGUUCUGGGGUGUUCUGGGAGGGUCCUGGAAGGGUUCUGGGGUGUUCUGGGAGGGUCCUGGAAGGGUUCUGGGGACAGCUGGGACAUUGUGGAAUGAGGGUGGGAAAAGCCUCGCGGGGCAGCAGCUCCAGCCCUCACCCCGGCCCGGGGCAGCGAUUCCCACCCUCCCGGGGCGCUCCCAAAGGAGGGAAUUCCUCCCUGGAAUGUCCAGCCAGGUGGAGUCUGGGGCUGUCCCUGGGAGCAGAGCCCGGCCCCGUCUCCUGUCAGGGGAAAUUCCCUCCAAGCUCCUUUUCCCUGGGCUCCCUGGGGAGUUUUCCAGAAGCUUCUCCAGCCCCGUUGCCAGCACUGCUGACCCCGGCUCCUCCCUGCAGGCGCGGGAUCCACGACAUGUUCCCUCUGCACCUGGCCGUGCUCUUCGGCUUCUCCGACUGCUGCCGCAAGCUGCUUUCCUCAGGCCAGCUGUACAGCAUCGUGUCGUCGCUGAGCAACGAGCACGUGCUCUCGGCCGGCUUCGACAUCAACACCCCCGACUGCCUGGGCAGGACCUGCCUGCACGCCGCCGCCUCCGGAGGGAACGUCGAAUGUCUCAAUUUGCUGUUGAGCAGCGGCGCUGACCUGAGGAGGAGGGAUAAAUUCGGGAGGACCCCCCUGCACUACGCGGCCGCCAACGGCAGCUACCAGUGCACGGUGACACUGGUGACAGCCGGGGCCAGCGCCAACGAGGCCGACGGCAAAGGCUGCACCCCCCUGCACUACGCGGCCGCCUCCGACACCUACAGGAGAGCAGAGACUCAUUCGGGAGCCAGCGACGAGGAGCCCCUGAAGGAGUCCAGGCUGAAGGAGGCGUUUUUCUGUUUGGAAUUCCUGCUGGAUAACGGUGCUGACCCUUCCCUGCGGGACAAGCAGGGCUACACCGCCGUCCACUACGCGGCCGCCUACGGCAACAGGCAGAACCUGGAGCUGCUCCUGGAAAUGUCGUUCAACUGCCUGGAGGACGUGGAGAGCAGCGUCCCCGUCAGCCCUUUGCACUUAGCUGCCUACAACGGUCACUGUGAAGCGCUGAAGGCGCUGGCCGAGACUCUGGUGAACCUGGACGUGCGGGACCACAAGGGCCGCACCGCGCUCUACCUGGCCACGGAGCGCGGCUCCAGCGAGUGCGUGCAGGUGCUCACCAGCCACGGCGCCUCCGCCCUGCUCAAGGAGAGGAAGAGGAAGUGGACGCCUCUCCACGCUGCAGCUGCCAACGGGAACACGGAUUCCCUGCACCUCCUGAUCGACAGCGGCGAGCGUGCCGACAUCACCGACGUCAUGGACAUCCACGGCCAGACCCCGCUGAUGCUGGCCAUCAUGAACGGCCACGUGGACUGCGUCCACCUCCUGCUGGAGAAGGGAUCCACGGCCGACGCCGCCGACAAGAGGGGCCGCACCGCGCUGCACCGAGGGGGAAAUUAA